CUCACCGACAAGGAGUACAUGCUGCUGGAGGGUUUCUUCUGUGUGGUCCGGUCUGUGCUGUCCGUGCUGGGAGCAGCCGGUAACAUCAUCAACAUCGACACCUUCAUUUCCAUGGGCAUCAGCGACAGCAUGGUGGUCACGAUGCUGUUCAUGGCCGUCUUCGACCUCCUGCAUCUGAUCGCCAUGCUUUCGCGGGCGGUGAGCUUCGUCUUCUACGUGGUCGAAAACACACGUGGGUUUUCCAUGUGGUUCCCUGUGGAUCCUUACGGUGUUUACGUAUUUUUCGGACACGCUGGGAGAAUUCCGUACACGAUGGUGGCUCUGACCACAACGUACCUGGCCGUCACGCGGUGCAUGUGUGUGGCUAGACCUCUGCAGUUCAAAACCACCUUCACAACGAGACUGUCUGUUAUAAUACUCUCGUCCCUCGCCAUUUUGUCAGUAGCAACCUAUGUUCCAAUUCUUGUGUACAUGGCCAUGUUACCGGGAUUCGACCCCAAAAUCAAUGCCACCAGACCUCUUUUGUGGAUAUCUCCCCAGAGGGACUUUGUAAAGAAGAUCGUGUGGACGAUCAGAGACGUGGUUCUCCCAGUGGCUACGCUUUUCACGGUCAUCAUCUGCGCAACGGUUAUGUCCGAACGCCUUCUCGCCUCCACGAGGUUCAGACAAUCGCAUUUCCAUGUUGCUGAACUCGCUCAACAUGUUCAUCAAUCAGCGGAAAUUCCCAUCAUUCACACCAUUGCGCACCCAUGUGAACGUCCAACAGUUAAGAAUACAAGUGGGACAACGGAAAUUUCCGUAAAACUCUGCGCAAAAGAUCUCAGGAUAGUUCAGCAGAUGAUUCUGAUUUCAGUGGUUUUCGUUGUGUGCAACAUCCCAGAGAUGUUCGUCUCCUUCGUCAGCCUGCUGGAGCCUGACUUCGGCCUGGGCAGGCCCUACAGCAACAUCUACAUGACCGCCAUCAGCCUGGAGUACUUCUUCCGCACCGUGCACUCCAGCUGUCACAUUUUCAUCUACUACAAGUACAGCGCCAAGUACAGACGC